CUCCGAGCGCCUGCCUCUGGCAUGGAGACGAGCCUCGGCAUCCACAACGGCACCCCCGUGGCGCUCCAGCUGCCGCAGGCGCUGGGCGGUGCGGCCCUGGCCAACCACACGGAGCAGCAGCACUACGCCCUCGGCCUCUUCCUGUCCUGCCUCUACACCGUCUUCCUCUUCCCCAUCGGCUUCGUGGGCAACAUCCUGAUCCUGGUGGUGAACAUCAGCUUCCGGGACAAGAUGGCCAUCCCCGACCUGUACUUCAUCAACCUGGCGGCGGCCGACCUCAUCCUGGUGGCCGACUCUCUGGUGGAGGUGUUCAACCUGCACGAGCAGUACUAUGACGUCACCGCGCUCUGCACGUUCAUGUCCCUCUUCCUGCAGGUCAACAUGUACAGCAGCGUCUUCUUCCUCACGUGGAUGAGCUUCGACCGCUACCUGGCCCUGGCCAAGGCCAUGCGCUGUGGCCCGUUCCGCACGAAGCAGCACGCCCGGCUGAGCUGCGGCCUCAUCUGGAUGGCCUCGAUCUCUGCCACCUUGGUGCCCUUCACCGCCGUGCACCUGCAGCACACCGGCGACGUCUGCUUCUGCUUCGCCGACGUCAGGGAGAUCCAGUGGCUGGAGGUCACCCUGGGCUUCAUCAUCCCCUUCGCCAUUAUCGGCCUCUGCUACUCGCUCAUCGUGCGGGCGCUGGUCAAGGCUCACAGGCACCGCGAUCUGCGCCCCCGGAGGCAGAAGGCCCUGCGCAUGAUCCUGGCCGUGGUCCUGGUCUUCUUCGUCUGCUGGCUGCCCGAGAACGUCUUCAUCAGCGUCCAGCUCCUGCAGCGUGCGCAGCCGGGGGCCGCGCCCUGCCAGCAGUCUUUCCGCCACGCCUACCCCCUCGUGGGCCACAUCGUCAACCUCGCGGCUUUCUCCAACAGCUGCCUGAACCCCCUCAUCUACAGCUUCCUCGGGGAGACCUUCAGGGACAAACUGAGGCUGUACAUCGAGCAGAAAACAAACAUGUCAGCUCUGAAUCGUCUCUGUCAUGCUGCCCUGAAGGCGGCCCUCCCAGACAGCACGGAGCAGUCGGAGGCCACCUGAAAUGCAGAGGCUCCUCUCCAGUGACAGGCUGUGAGCAAUCCGAGACGCCGACCCAGACGCUGUUUGUUUAUGGCCUCUCCACGCCCACACCGGUGUGCGGUGAGGCUGGGGCACCGCGGCACGGGGGGCGGGGACAGUGUAAACAGUUCUCACUGACUGUACAGAAAGAGCUAAUGAUUACAGCAUCGCUCAGCCUUCCUCAAUGAAACACAGUCACGUGCUGGUUCUUUCCGAUAUUCUAAGUGGUUCCUCGGUGGGGGUCUCAUUGGGGGUCUCAUUGGGGGUAUCAGUAGGGGUCUCAGGGCCUCAAGGGGGGACGCAGCUGAUGGGGCCAGUAUGUGGGGCCAGCACGUAGCCCGGCCCUGUGACACCGCCACCUCCAGGGCAUCUGCAAGUUGCUGCACAGCCAUCUGUCCUCCUGCAGAUGGGCCCCAUGCCCUCACUUUUCUAGAAGGCUCUGGUUGUCGGCAGAGCCACGGCAUCUGCAGGGGCGUGAGCAGGGAUGGAGCAUCAGGCCGUGGGCUCCCGUCACUCUGAGGUGUGCAGAGGCCCCCCCAGGGCCCCCCUCUCAUCGAGGCUCUUCCCAGGGCGGUUUCCUGACAGGGACGAGCCACUUCAGUCUGAGCAGCGCGACUGCAUCCAGGAACCAGACCUCUCCCGACGCCCCCAACAGGGCCAGCGCCGUGCACGUGGGACCCACCACAGGCGGGCGUGGCGAGGGGCUUGCCAGGGGCAGACCACCCCCACACCCCCAUCUGGUCCAGCUGAGGUGAGCGCAAGCAGGCGACCUGGGUGCCUGAGCCGCUCCCUAGGGAGACAGCCCUUCCCCCUGCCACUCCGAAUCAUCCCAAGCCACCAAGUCGAUAAACGGUAGGACGGCCACAUCUACACCCUUGCUUUGUUGCGGGGGGCGAGAUGUCUCCCUGCGCGCCCCUUCCCCUGCUCCUUAAUGGCUCUGCCGUCAGCACGCGGCCCGGUCAGAGCAGCGGGCGGCGCCCACGCACGGGCCCGCGACCCCGACGGGGUCAGCUUCCAAGGGGAGUGCUGGUGACCGGGGCCCCUUCUGACCUCGGCACUGGCAACGCCAUCACGGGAGGCGGGCACAGCCUGGCGCUCCAGCAUCGAGCACCUGCCUACACACAAGGGUUCAGAGACGCGGUCACCAUCCUCAUCCUCAUCCGCGGUGACGGGGACACCACUAAGUGGGGGGAGACGGCCAGCGCAUCAGAGAACAAAGCCCCGUCUCUGAGCCUUCCACCGAGCAGGUCCAGGGGGCCGUCCUGCCCCUUCGCUCAGACAGACCCUGCUGCCGUGGAGCUCAGAGCCGCUGGGGACCCCAGACGGCAGCGACACGGCAGGCACCACGCCACUGACGGGCCCUCCCCCACGGCCUCGGCAGCCCCUGUACCCAACGGGCGACCGCAGGCCCGCAGAAACCACACAGAGCUGGGUGCCGGGGGCGUCCAGAGGCCAGUCACGGUCACCGCCCGAACCUUUCCCAGGUGCCUCAGAGCGGUGGGAGGCAGGACACAAGUGCCCUCCAGGCGUCUCUGGGCAGGGAGCACGGUCAAGCACGGGGACCUCACACCUCCCAGGCAGGCCCCCAUGUGACCGUUUGGGACGCUCGUGAGCCCUUUCCCGGCCUGCAGCACAGGAAGCUCCACCUGGGGGUCCGCCUGUGAGAUCCCACGAGACAGACCUGUCCUCGCCCACGACACACGCUGCUUUGAGACUGAAAACGCCAGCCUUGCCCUCGUCGGCCACCCCCAGCAUCCAAACCGCCUCACCACAAGGCCUCUUUUGGUUGGCACUUGCCCAAGGUACAGGUCAAACAGCGCUGGACACAGCCCCUGCCCCUGGCCUCACAGCCCAUUUCCUGACCGGCAAAUGCGGGGCAGAGCUGCUCCAGGGGUCCGCAGAUGGGCAGCAGAAGAGCGGGGCCUCCAGGGGGGCCAGGACCAGGCAGAGGGCCUGGCUGGACACGAGGGACGCUUACCGAGCCCGGGGCUGCGCUGGGGCCUCCGCCUGUCUCUUUACCCCGAGACCCAGAGCUCCCGCCUGGCAGAGAGCCGGCCGAGGUCGCAUACCCCACUGGGGCUCUGGGCACGGCGCGCCCCCCAUAGAACACCUGCCUCCUGAAAAGUGCCAACUGGGAGUGGGCCAGGCCUGCAUGUGACAGAGUCCACGCCAGUGACAAACACACGGAAAAGCAACGACAUAAACCCAACGCAGGCACGCACGGACGAAUGAGCAGGUGGGGUCUGGCCGCGGCAGAUGCGGCUGCUGACCGGUGACAGGGGUGUGCCGGAGCAGAGCUGUCCUCCUCCAACUGUCCCAGGGAAGCCGGGACGGGCAGGGACCCCAAAUGCAGGCUAACCCAGGGCCACCAACAAAGAAUAGCACGCUGCCGAGCUUUGCGUCUCCCUUCCCCGGCCCUGCGUCACACGGGCGAGACGGACCGCACAGCACAGGGCAGCGUGGCCCUGGCCUGCCACGUGAGCCCGCCUGAGGGGCGUCCCAACGUGGACCGAGAGGAGGGCACCAGGUCCCCGCGUCUCACCUGGGAGGGCGACCUGAACCUAAUCGGGGAAACGGGAAAACCCUGGAGGGGACAGGGAGCUAAGACUCAGCCAAAAUGUUGCCAUCCUGAAACGGAAAGGUGGGACCGCCCAGGCCAGGGAGCGCUCAGGGAUGCGGCCCCGGAGGCGGGCGCAAGUGAGAGGGUGGCCUGCUGGAGAAGCCAGGCCGCAGGGGGCCACGCACAGGCCAAGUGACGGGUUCAAGUGUCAAAUGAGCCAGGGCGGGAGGGCACGUCGCACGACCCGCGUCCAGAGACCGGAAGCAGAUGGUGCCCGGGCCGGGGGGGCGGGGAGGGGGAGCGGGAAGGGCUGCUCGUGGGGACGGGGUCUUAGCGGGGAGGAGAGUGGGGCCAGAAAAUUUAAGAUAGCAGUGAUGGUUACCUAAGUGUGAACAUCUAAAAACCACUUAGGCACACACUUUAAAAGGACGAAUUUAGGGUAAAUUGUAUCUCAAUAAAGAUACCGUUUAAAAAGAAAGCGCCCAGGACUGUGCGCAGCCCGCCUUCCCUGCCUGGAUGCGAAACAUCAGCUUUCAGGGAGAUGCCACUGUGUGACAGGCUCGUUGUCCCCAUGGAGGGAGUGGGUGGCCCGUGCCAGCGCUUCACUCGCAGCCGCGACCCACUGAAAACGAAGAGGUCUCAGCCAUCUGGGGCCCCAGGAGCCACCUUCUAACAGUGACCGCAAGUCCUCUACUCAAAGUUUCCCCCUCACUUACUGCCCAGAAAUUCAAGCUUUAAUUUCUUUCCACGUAGGAACUAAUGAUCUGGGGUAUCUUUUGAUAUGCUUUUAAAUUAAAAAUAGAGAACAAGAAACCUGAUGGACACCACAGCCCGACGCACAGCACUCGCCCUGGGAGGCCCACACGGGCGUGCGGGCCAGCCCGCCCCGAGGGUUCCGCCAGGGCCUGAGGGGACCUGCGCGCUGGCCAGCGCCUGGCUCGGGCUGCUGUUCGCCUCGGCUGACUUUCCAGGCAUCGCUGUAACGGCGCCAGUACGGAAAGGAAGUGGACACGCCGUCACCUCGCUUACUGUGUCCUGUGCCGGGGCACCUUCACCGGGCGUCUGCUCAGGACUCCGGAAGGAGAGCCUGUCCUGCCUGGGCUAGAUGAAGCGCUGGACCCGGAGACGGGGCGCCCGUUGACGCGAGCAGCAGGUGCACAGACGGCCGGGCCCCCGCUCAGGUCACUGAGAUGUCGGCACAGCAGGGCUUUCCCACUGCCCGCUCCCGUCCACGGCCACUGAGAAAGUCUGGGGACAAAAAGCAUUCACUUCUUGAACUAAAUGAUGGACUGAGAAAAACUCGCUGAGCAUCUUCCGGAGGCCACCCCAGGGCCCAUGUAGCAGCUCACUGCCUCCUGGAGCUGAGGUGGGCGGGGGAGGGGGGGUCAUGGCGGGUCAUGGGCGGCAGGGGGAAGGGAGGAGGGGGGAGCUGCGUCCCUGCUGUCGUGCACCCUCAGCCUCCCGUUCGAAGACAUUUUGAGUGCCCUGAUGCAUCCCGCCACAGGCACAGCCCACAACCCCUGGAAAGACAGUCAGCAAGCCCACAGGCUGGGGAGGGCCCCGGACAAGGCAGGAGGCCUGUCCAUCGGAGCAGGGCGGGCCCUUAGACGACUAGGUGUGGCCCCGCUGCUGCUCCAGGAGCACCAGACAGACACAUGGCCUGCGUCCAGGAACACGAGGCCUGGGAGCGCCCCAUAAAAGGCUGGGGCAUCCCACAGCGGUGCCUGAGUCUACACACAAACACUCGGGCAGGCGGGUGAGUGUGCACGGGCUGCAGCCUUAGCCGUCACACACCCAGGAAAGUACCAGCCGCUGUGUUGAUCUGAUUUUGCCACCGUCCAGUGGGUGGGGCAUCUGGCCUGGGAACAAGGAUUUAAAAGCCAAAGGAACGCAAGCCAGCAGAGUGUCAGGCCCCACUGCAGCGCCAGCCACAUCGUGGGAGGUCAGCUGUGGGAGGGCUGGGGAGGCCCUGGCACCCCACCUCCCAAGGGCGCGGGUCCUGCAGAGCCGGAAUGCCCCCACAUGGAAGGAUUCCCGCACCAAGUCUCCUUCCUUCCCGCCUCCACCCGCCCAGCCUGGACAGCUGCUCCCGAGCUCGCCCACCGCCCGCUUCCUGGUCCACCCCCAGCGGCCGCCUGUCCCGCCUGUCUGUCUCCGUCCCCGCGGCACCUCCAACAGGGCACUGCGUGGGCCCCAAACCUCAGCCUCACCCCGGAAUACAGGUGAGUCCCAUAGGAAGUCACGAUAAACUGCUUCAACAAACUAUCUUACUUAAGAUAGCGCCCAUCAGUCUUAAGACGCAGCCCUGCUCAGAACAGUCCGUGUUUAGCAACAACACGGCGCUUGCCUUUGCUCACUCAAAAAUGCAACUCUCCCAGGAAGGAAGAGAGCGCCCGCGGGCCCCUGACUCAGGCCAUUAGUUUCAUCUUCGUUCUCCCAAGAAACAUCGGCCGGUGCCCGGCUGAGCCGGUCUCUCCGCACAGCAAAACGCAGAAAGAAGGUCCUUGUCCUCAAAGCCACGGGGCAGAGCUCUCCCCCAGAGUGACUACUGUUGUAGUGACUACGUGCUGUCCCCGUGCGGGAAGACCUGGCCUCAGGACGAUCCCCCAAAUCCAUAGGAAGUCGCUGAGGUCACUUCCAACCCCAAUCAGCCCACCCUGACAGCAGCGGAAACUAUGUCAGGGGUUCCGACGUCAAAUUCCACACCGUAAAAGCAUGGAAAACCGCAAAGGACGGGGAGCUCCCAGACUAUUUCUAGGAGAAAACUCGAAAUAGGGGAGGUAAGUGACUGAGUGCCAGUGCCACCAGCGUCCACGCUGCGCUCCCCUCAGUGAGCGAGAACCCAGAAGAGCUGCUCUCUGGGGCUGCACCCAAUGUACAGCCAACCCGAGCCUCCAUAUCAACUUUACCCCGGCCCCCACG